CAUUGUUCCAUUAUUUCUCAGUACGCAUCUCUCUUUCUUGCCUUUACUUUAUUGUCGCUUUUAAGCCUUCAAUUUGCUCAUAAAUCAAAUAGAAUAUAGAUAAUACCAAAACAAGAAGAAGAUAAAACCCCUAAUAAUGUCUUCGGAUCAUCGCAUAUCGACGACGAAAGAUCCACCGGAACAUCCAUCUUCUUCCUCCAGCCACCAGAAGCAACCGCUUCCUCCUCAACUGCAACCGCAGCAACCGCUCAGCCGCUACGAGUCACAGAAACGCCGUGAUUGGAACACGUUCAUCCAAUACCUAAAAUCGCAGAAUCCACCGUUGUUGAUGUCCCAGUUCGAUUACACGCACGUGCUAUGCUUCCUCAGGUACUUAGAUCAGUUUGGUAAAACCAAAGUACAUCAACAAGCUUGUGUCUUCUUCGGACAACCCGAUCCACCAGGACCGUGCACGUGUCCUCUCAAACAAGCUUGGGGAAGUUUAGAUGCUUUGAUCGGACGAUUGAGAGCUGCUUACGAAGAACACGGUGGCGGGUCACCUGAUACUAACCCGUUUGCAAACGGGUCUCUCCGAGUUCACUUGAGGGAAGUGAGAGAGUCUCAAGCCAAGGCUCGUGGGAUUCCGUACAGGAAGAAGAAGAGGAGAAAGAUCAAAAACGACGCAGUUGUUGUCAAGAAGGAUGUUGCAAACUCUUCGUCUACUCCUAAUUAGUCGUCCAGUACUUGAUAAUUUUUCAUAUAAAUCUUUUCUAUAGGUAAUCUAAAUUUAUGCUCUCUUUCUUUAUGAGUUUGUUUUUAUAGAUUCAUAUGAUCUGUUUUAAUUGGAAUAAUUCUCUCUGAAUAACUUAGACCAAAAACUUAAAAUAUCA